UCUUUGGGUUUUCAAUGCUAUCCCGGCACGAAGAGCUCUAUCUUCUGUCGCAGCUAAGUCUUCGAUAAUCCCCUCGUCCAAGGGUUAGGUGUGAAAGAGGAAUGAGAUUGGGUGGAAAGGGGGUCAGUUGUAUCUACUCACUGCUGUGACAAUGUUGCGUACAUCAGCUGUAGCCACCAGGCGUUGCUUCUCAACACGUCCCGAUGGGGACUAUCAGUUUUUGCACCGUAGUAAAAUUCCUAUGCUACACUUUCAAAAAUCCCUGCCAAGAUUGCCAAUUCCGGAACUUCAGAACACCUGUCGGAAGUACCUGGCAGCCCUAUCGCCGCUCUUAUCGGCUGAAGCUCAUGCCCGGACUGCGGGGAUUGUUAAGGAUUUCGAGGGUGGCAUUGGGCGUGAUCUGCAGGAACGUCUCAAGGUGCGGGAUAGUGUAAAUCAGCAUACAAGUUACAUAUCGGAUCCAUGGUUUGAGAUGUACAUCACCGAUAGGGCUCCUCUGCCCGUUAACUACACCCCAUUGCUUGGGAUGAAGUACCCAAGUACGCCACCACCAACACUACCCGUUCAAACUGCCAAUAUUCUCAUCACAACAGCGAGAUUCCUUCGUGCAUUGCGAGCUGAAUACUUAACCCCUGAGAUUUUCCACAUGAACGCCAAAACGGCUGAUUCAGCUUUCUACCAGAAGAUUGUCCAAAUGGUACCACAGAGAUUUGCCACAUACACAUCGUACGCCUUUAAAUCAUUCCCAUUGGAUAUGUCGCAGUAUCAGGGCUUAUUUUCUGCUACAAGAAUCCCUCGUCAGGGGAAGGAUAGAAUCUUCAGAGCUCCCAAAGAUCCUUGUCAUGUUGUUGUGCUGCGCAAAGGCAACAUCUACCGGUUGGAUGUUCUCGAUAGAGAUGGGAAUAUUGAAGUUCCUGAAGUAAUCUUGGGACGUGUUAAACGCCUCCUGGAGACUUCUAGUCAAGACCCAGAAAACCCCCAUCCUCUGGGUAUCCUUACAACGGAAAAUCGCAACACAUGGGCUACACUUCGUGAACAUUUGGAGAGCCUUUCGGAGAAGAAUCGUCGUGGAAUGGAAAUUGUUGAUUCAGGAAUAAUUUGCCUUUGUCUCGAUGAUCUGAGCUAUGGUGAUCUGGACGUAGCAGCUCGCACGAGGGAUCAUCUGUAUGCAAAUGGGCCAAAUAGGUGGUUUGAUAAAUCCAUUUCAGUCGUUGUUAGCUCUGAUGCACGCACUACUGUUCAAUUUGAACACUCCUGGGGUGAUGGUGUAGCCGUUCUCAGGUACUUCAAUGAAGUCUUCAAGGAAAUAUCUGAGAGGCCUUUUAUAACGGAAGGAACAGUUGCACAGGCACCCGGAGAUGAAGCUGUGGAGAAGCUCUCAUUUGAUUUGGAUGAGAAAUUGAAGACUGGCAUUGAUGAGGCAAAAAAGCGGCAUAAGGCUGUUGAGGACAGCCUUGACAUUAACUACAUGCAGUCUGAACUUGUUGGGAAGAAACUGUGCAAAAGUGCAAAAAUUAGUCCAGAUUCCAUGGCGCAAUUUGCAAUUCAACUGGCCUAUGCCUACCUUACGGGCGGAACAACGGCUACGUAUGAAUCCUGCAGUACAGCUGCCUUUCGAUGUGGUCGAACGGAGACAGUUCGUCCCGCCACGGAAGCAACGAAGAAACUCUGUCAGGUUUUGUUGAAGAAAGGCCCGAAUGAUGCUGCAACAGCUGAAGAGGCGGCAAUGCUGAGGGAGUGCUCAAAUCGUCACAAUCAGCUGACAAAGGAAGCUGCUAUGGGGCAGGGAUUCGAUCGCCAUCUAUUUGCCUUGAAAGACAUUGCCAAGAGUCAAGGAAUGGCUCUGCCUGAUCUCUACAAUGAUCCUGCGUAUGCACUGAUCAAUCACAAUGUUCUCUCGACGAGUACACUGUCAACGCCGGCUAUUGAAGUUGGGGGCUUUGGACCUGUUGUACCCGAUGGCUAUGGGAUAGGCUAUGUUAUCGAUGCUCAAAGACUGGGAAGUAUUGUCACGACGUACCGUGCAAAGAGGAAUGGCAAGGAGUUUGUGGAAGCCCUCGAAAAAGCCGCCAAGGAAAUUCGAAAGAUCCUCGAUGUGGCCUCAAAGGAAGGGACUAAAUAAACUAUAAAAGUUUUAAUGAUCUUCAAUGGGUGUUUAUGCAAUCUUAUGAAUUUAUGCUAAAUCGCACUGAAAUAAAUUUAUUUAGGGAGAUGUUUAUAAAUUUUAUAAAAUUGAAAUGUUAUUGGGAAGAAGUUGAAGAGUUUUAAUAAAACAUUUUGUACUAAA